AUGUCUCCAGAGCACUCAUCGAAUGCUUCCACGUCGGAGGCUCAUGAUAUCGAAGCCAAAUACGAGCCCGCGCUACCAGUCGACGGCGUAGAAGGAGAUAACCAGCAACAGCCUGUAACCGCCACUUCACCAGGAAAGAAGCCAUUUAACCUUUCCAUUGUUACAACUUGCUUGUUGAUUAGUUUUGGUGGCUAUGUGUUUGGGUUUGACACGGGAACCAUUUCAGGUUUCAUCAAUAUGGACGAUUUCAAAGCCAGGUUCGGCCAAAGAAACGAUGCUGGCGAGUACUAUUUUUCAAACGUGAGAACAGGGUUGAUUGUCGGUUUAUUCAACGCCGGUUGUGCCCUUGGUGCGCUUUUCCUCUCCAAGAUUGGUGAUAUAUACGGUCGUCGUUUAGGUAUAAUGACUGCCAUGAUUCUUUACAUUGUGGGUUUGAUUGUGCAAAUUUCAUCGUCGCAUAAAUGGUACCAAUUGACUGUGGGCAGAAUCUUGACGGGUGUCGCCGUUGGUUGUUUAUCCGUGUUGUGCCCCUUGUUCAUUUCCGAAGUUUCGCCAAAACACUUGAGAGGUACCUUGGUGUGUUGUUUCCAGUUGAUGAUCACUUUGGGUAUCUUUUUGGGUUAUUGCACCACCUACGGUACUAAGACCUAUUCUGACUCAAGACAAUGGAGAAUCCCCUUGGGCUUGUGCUUUGCCUGGGCUCUCUUGUUGAUUGCUGGUUUGCUCCCCACGCCCGAGUCGCCCCGUUUCUUGGUUGGUAAGGAUAGAAUUGACGAGGCAAGAGUCGCAUUGGCUAAAGUCAACAAAUUGUCCCCCGAUGACCCUGAAUUGGACAAUGAAUUGCAGUUGAUCCAUGCUGGUGUUGAAAGGGAAAAGCUCGCGGGAUCUGCAGGAUGGAUGACUUUGAUCAAAGGUAAGCCAAGAAUCUUUGAAAGAGUGUUGGUCGGUGCCUUCUUACAGGCUUUGCAGCAAUUGACCGGUGACAAUUAUUUCUUCUACUACAGUACCACCAUUUUCAAAGCCGUUGGUUUGGAAGAUUCAUUUGAGACUUCGAUUGUUAUUGGUGUCAUCAACUUCGCCUCCACUUUUGUUGGUAUCUACGCCAUUGAGAAGUUGGGUAGGAGACAUUGUCUCUUGAUUGGUUCAGUGGCGAUGUCAAUCUGUUUCCUCAUUUACGCCUUGAUUGGCUCACAGCAUCUUUACUAUCACGGAAGCAGCGGUCCAACCAGACACCCCGACGGUGACGCGAUGAUCUUUGUGACCUCGCUUUACAUUUUCUUCUUUGCCUCGACUUGGGCCGGUGGUGUUUACUCCGUCAUUUCCGAGUUGUAUCCAUUAAAAGUCAGGUCCAAGGCCAUGGGCGUUGCCAACGCGGCUAACUGGAUCUUUGGAUUCUUGAUUUCAUUCUUUACCUCAUUCAUCACCGGUGCAAUUCACUUCUACUAUGGGUUUGUGUUUAUGGGAUGCUUGGUAUUUUCGAUUUUCUUUGUUUACUUUACCGUGUACGAAACCAAAGGUCUCGGUUUGGAGGAAGUCGACGAGUUAUAUGCCAGCGGUGUUUUAGCUUGGAAAUCCUCGAGCUGGGUUCCACCUCCAGAAGAAGAAAUGGCCCAUGCCACUGGUUACGCUGCCUACAGCAAACCAGAGGAAGAGCAUGUCUAA